UGCCGCCGCCGUUAAUUUUUGUCGGCGCAGUGCUCUGUGCUUUGCUGCAUUAUUGGAAACAUAAAAAAUAAACAUAAACUGCAUUGAAAAUGGCCAAAGCAGAUGCAAAGUCAGAUUGUCUUGAUGAUCCAUGGGAUGACACAUUAUUAAUAAAGGCUUACGACAAUUCCAUAAAGCUGGCGCGCGAGGAAUUAGCCCGCCGUAUGGCAAUAUCUACCAGUAAAGAUGUCAGUCACAGCUCAAACGAGAGUAAUAAGUUAAAAUCUCUUGAUAUCGAAAAUUUUAGGACUAAAAAUGAAUAUAAAGUCGGAGAUUAUGUGCGUGCUACUUAUGAAGAUGGAAUAGACUAUGAAGCUAAAAUUUUAUCAAUAGAUCGAGCUUCAGGAUCUUGCCUUCUAAAGUAUAUUGGCUAUGAAAAUGAACAAAAUAUCGAGUUGGAAAAUUUAAUACCAUCGUGGGGCAAAAAAGCUCGCAGACUUCAAUUUGCAAAAGCUAAGCUAGAGAGUACUGAUCAUGUUCUUAAUAUGGAUAAUGCCGGAAGCAAAACUUCCAAGAGAAAUAAAUCAUAUCAGAAAACAAUUCCACCGCCUCCACCAAUGCCUCCAAUGUUGUCUACUCAGAAUUGUGAAGAUUCGGAGCAUCUUUCAGCUAUGCUUAUGUCUUGGUAUAUGAGUGGAUAUUAUACCGGAGUUUAUCAAGGAAUGCAAAUGGCGAAGUCAGGGUCAAAAAACAAGAAACAUUAAAUUGAUUUUAUUUUUAAUAUUAAAAUAUAACUAAUAAGCUCAAUUGUAUUGACUCGAUAAUAUACAAGUUCUUUCUAACUUAAA